AUUUAAUUUGUGCAGUUACACAACAGCUUAAAGUCCGAGGAUUUUAUAAUCAAGUUAAAAAAGUGGAUUGCAUAUGAAGAGAUGUCAGAAUUUUAAGGCGAUCUAUUUGACAUACAAAAGGCUAUCAAGCUUUUAGGAAUAUGGCCACCCACGAAAGUGUAUUACUCUGCGAUGUUUGCAAAAACAGACACAUGAAUAAGUCAGCGGAAGAAUAUUGUCCACUAUGUGAAGAGGCUCUGUGUCGAGAAUGUAGAGACCAUCAUAAAGCAUCGAAACUGUUAAAAUCGCAUCAGACCAUCCCGGUAGAAAAAUAUCGAAAAUUACCAUUAUUUAUCCAGGAAAUAAAGCAUAACUGUGAGGAGCAUGACUGCUUUCUUGAAUUUCAUUGCAAAUUUCAUGACGUCCUUUGUUGUAAACUUUGUUUGAUAUCAGGUCAUAAAGAAUGCAAGGAAACUAUUUUUAUUGAGGAUUUUCUUACACCAUCUUCAAGAGAUCGGUCAGCAGCUUUAGAUAACGUUGAAAAAGUUCUGAAAGAUCUCGAAAGUAACAUUUCUACCGCAUUAAAGGACAGAAAUCGAAACUUGACAGAAUUACGUGAACAGAAGCAAGUUAUUUCAAAAAAUAUAAGAGAAAAACGUCAGCAAAUUGAUUUACUUUUAGACCGUUUAGAAGAGGCGAUUCUAGAAAAAGCAUCUACAAUGGAAAAAGUAAACUGUCAAAAAAUAGAAGAAGUGAUUACAAAACUCAAUGAGGAAAAAAAGAUUGUAGACGAAAUUCAAAAAGAUGUUGAAUCUGUAAAACUGUUUGCAUCAAAUCUGCAAAUCUUCAUGGGAACAAAGGCAUUCCUGGUAAGUGUUUCGGCCAAUGAAAAUAAGGUCCAGAAAUUAUAUGAUAUUGGGAGCUUCAACAACGUGACGUUCGAAUUUACGUUCAAUGAAAAGCUAGAAGCGGUUAUAAAAGAAAUAAAUACACUUGGAGAUAUGAAAGUUGAUUUUUCUGAAAAGCAUGUUUCAUUUUCAUGGAAAAGUAAUCAAUCAGCGCAAAUUUAUAAAUCUAUUUCAGAGCCGACAUCGAUUGAAGAAAUAAGCGUCAAGCUAGUACAAAAGAUUAAUAUAGGUCGUAAUACUUUAAGUGGAUGUGCCAUAUCAGAAGCUGGAAACAUGUUAUUUCUGCAAGCUCACAAGAAUAAUCUGCUUACAUAUUGUCCUAACGGUGAAUUACAUUCCGAAUCAUGUAUUUUGAAAGGGCAACCCGGUAUGGGUUAUGAUCUUGCAGUGGUGGAUUCAGAAAUGGUGGCCGUAUCAAGUGGUGGAAAUCCUCCUACAAAAAUUCACUUUAUUGAUAUGAGUAAUUCAAAAUUGCACAAAACGAUUAACUGCCAAGACUGGUGCUAUGGCUUAAGCUAUCACAAUGGGUCAUUUAUUUGUUGCACACAUGACAAUGGCAUUAAACUAUAUGACACGUCUCAAAAACAAAAUAAUAUACGUAUAUUACCCUCUGCACCCAGAGACGUAGAUGAGACAUACGUUACCUCAAAUGAAAAGAGCAUAUUUCAUUCCAACUGGCGUACUAAUUCCGUCGUAUGUUACAAUUACAAUGGACAGGUACAAUGGACAUAUUCUGAUGCAUUGCUUAGAAAACCAUACGGCAUAACUUUAGAUUCAUAUUCCAACAUAUAUGUUGUUGGGUCUGUAUCAAAUAAUGUCGUUGUGAUAUCCAAAGAUGGACAAAAGGCCAAACAGCUCAUUGGAGCUAGUGAUGGAAUUUUUAAUCCUCGUGCCGUAUAUUUCCAUAAAACCAAAAACGUACUUCUUGUUGCUAACUAUGAUGGAGUUGCCUUUCUGUUUGACGUUUAA